AUGACCAAGAACUCAGGGGUUGUCGACCAGGCUAAAGGCGUUCUCGAAACGGUCGUUGUUGUGGUCUCCUUGGUGCGUAUGAUCACGGACACGUUUGGAUCUACAAGCGAUCUUUAUCGGAAGCUUAAGAAGAGGAAAGAGAAAGUCAAGGAGGAUGUGGAUGAGUGGGGAGAGAAGCAUGGUAUCCCGUUCCGACGAGACAGCAGCGAGGAGGACUCCCAUCGUGGUUCGCGCCGAAGCCGAAGCCGAAGACAUCGAAGAGAUCGAGACCACGACUACGACAGCGAUGAAGAGUCCAUAGACACUUCGAGGUCGCUCAUAGAACGAGAAUAUGAGCGUGGCUAUCAUCACCUUGGGCAUAAGUUUGCUGUAGGAGAUGUCAUCGCGCAAAACCAGCUGCAAGCCCAGGUGAUCAUGAUGCAGCAGACCAUCAUCACCAUUUUCCAAGAAAGCGCUCUCAUGUAUGGCCCGACCCACAACCCCAUAUCCCACCACCUCGCUCGACUCCUCGACACCGCACGAGCUGCCAGGGCAGGAUCUAUAGAAGCCCUCGCGCAGCAAUAUCAACGAAUGCUCACCGAGGCACCUAUUCUACCUGCAGUACCACUACCACCUACUGUGCAACCCCUUACAACCCUCGCAAUCCGCGGCCGACCUCGAAGCGACUCUCGCGAUUCGAUGGUCACGACAAACACAGGUCCAACAUCGAUAACUACUCGCUCAGCACCACAUGGUCUAUACUGCUUGUACUCGCUAGACCUCCAGGAGCAUAUCGACCAGCCUUUGGCGGACAAUUACCGGGAAGGAGGAGAUGGACGCUGCCCGUACUGCAGCACUAUAGUCAACACGAGGCCUGGCCGUGCGUGGGAAUUGGUCAAGGAGGAUGAUGCCGAUAUCGAGGUUGACCGGUCGUUCCGCGUGACGAAUCGGUUCGUGGUCAAGUCACAUCGGGAGGGCAGCAGUUUUGCGUGUGUGCUUUGCACGCGCGAACAGCCCUCGGAUACAGUUUGUGAGAGCAUACCGGCGCUCAUUGAUCAUAUUUGGAAAGAGCACUCGUGCGCUGAGUAUGAGAGGGAAAUUGAUAUUGUGGAGGUGGACUGA